CAAACAUAUACGCAGCACAAGCGGUGACAUUACCGCAAUAAACCAUACUCUCAAUUGUUGUUUCCUUGAUUGCUGCCACCUCGGGCAGCAUUGUGUGAUAUAUUGUAUGCCAAUAUUUAUGGUACAAUAGUCCGCUUCGGACCGCCGGCGAGGCGGACCGGGCAAAGUCUGCGCAAAGCCCGAAGGCUUUACAUGUCUAUAUUGACAUGGCUAUGCAAGUGCUUCAGCGCGAGUUCCCGCGCAGAACACGGUCCUGCAGGGCCAACCACGUCACCACCUCCAGGGGGCCCGAUUCAGCAAGUCUUCAGCCCCUCAGCGGUGGCCAGGGCACAGCCUGAAACCCCAGAAAGCUGCACCAGCGGCGCGGCAAAAGGGGCUCAAGUUGCCUCCGUUUCCCAACACGGCCUUGACCCCGCGCCGACGGUACCUGAAGAACAGCAGCAACGGUCACUGCAGCAGACUGUUCAGCAUGGCGGCAGUCAGUCUCUUGUUGAGCUUGUGGCAUCGCAAGCCUUGCAGGCGGGGAGCAGCGCUGGGGGGGAGCACGGCCAGGCCCGGUCAGCACCGCAGGAAAUGGGUCAGCCACUCGACCCCCGCAUCCGGGUGCCAUUUAACGAAAUUCGUCUGUACUCGGUGAUUGGCAAGGGCAGCUUCAAGACGGUGUACCGGGGCGCCUGGAACAACACGCACGUGGCGGUGGUGGCCAUGCGGCGCGGCGGGCUGGUGGCUGAGGCCCGGCUGCUGCAGCGGCUGUCCACGCACCCCAACCUGGUGCAGCUGUACCGCUGGAGCGCGGACGAGAGCGGCAACGAGUACCUGGUGAUGGAGCUGCUGCCGCUGGGCUCGCUGGACGCCGUGCUGCGCUGCAUCGGGCGGCAACUGCUGACGCAGACCAAGAUGACGGUGGUUGAGCAGCUGGCGUCGGCAUGCCUGGAGCUGGCACACGAGGGGCUCAUCCACGGGGACCUGGCGGCCAGGAACCUGCUGGUCAAGAGCCUGGAGCCGCCGCACGUCAAGCUGGCGGAUUUUGGCUUGUCUCGACCGGCGGCGUUCCCGGGGCAGGAGUUGGGGGACGGACCCUCGUCCCUCGAUGCCCCCAUGCCUGCGGCACCUAACUCUGUUGUGCCGGCCCGCUGGGCUGCGCCUGAGGUUCUCGCGGGCGAGCCGCCGUCGGAGGCCGCGGAUGUGUGGAGCUUCGGGAUGGUGUGCUGGGAGAUAUUCUCCAACGGAGCUGAGCCAUACGCAUCGCUCAGCAACCGCGAGAUCCUGCACGUGCUGCGCUCCGGGUACCGCCUGGAGCGGCCGCGCGGCUGCCCCCUGGAGCUGUGGGGCCUGGUGCAGAGCUGCUGGCGGGACGAGCCGCGCGAGCGACCCACCUUCACCACCAUCACCACCACCCUGCGGAACUGGCGCGAAGCCUACGUCAGCAGCCGCGUAGCCCUGCGGGGCGCGGCAGCUGCUGGUAGCCAGGCAGCGUUAGCGGCUGCUGCGGGGCUGCCCGCAGAGGCAACACUGCCAAUCCUGGGCGCUGGAGGCAUGUCAUCUGAACGCGGCCGGUCCGGCGGCAGCGCGGCACUGCAAACAGGGGGUCACGCGCCGGGAACAGACCUCCUGUCGGGCGCAAGGGGAUCACGCGUGCCGCCUGCGGGGGCUGCACCGAGAGGCGUGGCUCGGCCACCGCUGGCUGCUCCAUCCCCAGCUGCAGCAGCAGGUGCUGCGGGCGGCGGCAGCAGCACCUGGCGCCAGACACCCUCCUCGCCGCCGCAGAGCCCUGAGGUGCCCACGUUUGAGCCUCCCACCCUCUCGCCUGCACCGCUGUCGCGGGCUCUCGCUGGUGAGGCGGCUGGCAAACCCCAGGGCUUUGCGUUGCGCGGCGUGCUGCCCGCUCUGGUCACCGGCGAGAGCGGCACAGGCAGCGGCACGGGCAGCCCCCGCGGUGACGCGGCAGCGAGCACUGGGUUUCUUACGCCCACGGGUGCUGCGGCGGCGGACGGCACAAGCGGGUCUGUCACCGGCGGAAUGGGGCUUUGGGGGGCGGCAGGGCCGCAUACCGGCAGGGCCGGACGAGGCCCAUCUGGUGUACACAUGAGCACGCACAUGAGCUUCGAGCUUGGGGAACCCCCUAUCCAGCCCGUGCUAGAUACCGCGUCGAGCACCCAGGUCAGCAGCACGAAUGCGCUACCGACGCCUCCCAUCUCCCUAUCCAGCGCUGGGGCCGCUGCGGCUGCGCCAUCCCUAGAUGCUGCAGUAGCAGACCUGGCUGUCGUGCCACAGCUCACAGCCGACGCAUCCCCGCAGCAGCUACUGCAAGAUGUGCGGUUGGUCAGCGGCAGUGCCGUUGUCGGCGUCGCAAGCAGCAGCCCUUCCAACGUGGGGCAGUUGCUGGGUCCGGCUGCAGCUAAUGAAGUACCCCCACCAGCAGCACCCACAGGUCUGGGCGGGGCAGGCUCUGGCGGCGGCCGCGACAGCAACACCCGCAGUACCAUCCUGAGUGGAGUGCGUGACAGCAGCCGCCCUAGCGAUAGCCCUCGUAGCGGUGGCAUGUCUAGCGCGCGCGCCGGCGGCUUGUACAGCGGGCGGGCCGGCGCCGGAUGGGGCGGCCAGCAGCACGCCCUAGCAGCGUUUGGACUUGCAAGUGGGCCCGAUGGCAGCGCCGCUGUGGCUGCGGGCCGAUCGGGGCUGUCUCACACUGGCGCCGCUGCAGUUGACCGCCAGCGCCUGGACCGCUCCCUCAGCAGUGACUGCCAGCCAGGAGUUACGCCGGAGCACCUCAUGCAGCAACAGCUGGCUGGCGCAGCUGCUGCAGCGGCAGCAGCAGCGGUAGCGGCAGUUGGCGCGUUGCAUGUUCGCGGCGCGGCCGCAGCAGUGCUCGACACGUCGCCGUACGUGCGCAUCCGGGACCUAGCUUUACCAGCCCUGCCACCAGCAGCCGCUGCGGCCGGGGCAGGAUUGCUGGUGGGUUCGGGAGCUCCAUUGACGCCAAUAAGGGGCGACCAGGCGGACAUAAACGCUGGAGGGAACGCUGAGGCGCUUGCAUUCCAGUCCAGGCGCCAAGCCAGAAUACCCAGGGCGCAGCAGCGGCCCAGGACAGCAGCAGCGGCAGAGGCUGCCAUGGCCAGCCUGCCUCGUGAUUCCGCAACCACAGCUGGCGCGUUGUCGCCCAGUCCUGAGGGCCCUUUCAGCGUGGGAGCACCACAGCAGGGGCAGCAGCACCAGAUGCAGCCGGACCGGAUUCCGCAGCAGCAGUCCGCGUCGCCGCAAGAGCGUGUCACUGUUGUUGCCGUGCAACCGCUUGGCGCUGGCGGCAUUUGUGUUGGAGGCGUCGGCAGUAGCACCACGGAGGACCUGUCUCUCAGCAACAUGCCCCAAUACACCUCAUCGGCGGGUACCUUUGCCUUCGCCUCUGCCCAGCGGCGUAGCAGCGCGCAGGCGUUGGGUGGGCGGCCCAGCGCCGCUGGCACGGAAUCCACCGCCACACUAUUCGGCCCGCCCAUAGGGUCCACGCAGCGGCUGCCAUUUGGUGUGUUCUGUCUGCCGAGUGGCGCACACGACGCCGACCAGAUGGGCGUGUCGACGUCGCAGCUCUCUAUCAGCCGCGUGCAACAGCUGCAGCCGGAGAUGACGUUGCAAGGCCUGGGAGGCCAGGCUUUCCGUGGUUCUGUGGUGGCGGAGCAUGAGAAUGAGGGAGUUGACGAGACGGAGGAGGAGGAUACGGCAAAGCUCGAGGCUGUCCCCAUUUCCGUGGACGCGCCGCGGUCACAUGACGAGCCUGUCCCACUGUCACAUCCCCGGCCGCUGCAGGCGCCUGCCGGUUCAACGGCGAGCGCAGUCGGCUUACAGGAAUACCACCGGCCACACCCCGCCAGCAUUACGGCUGUAGCUGUAGCAGAUGCCAUGGCAUCGGCUGCAUCGGCUGCAGCAGCAGCAGCAGCUGUCGUAAGGCUGAGCUCUGCGAAUGCGGCCGUUGUGGACGUGGACGCGGAGGCACGUCCAGACCUCCCGGCCAUGUUUGCGGCAGCCCGAUGCUCUGCAGGCGAGCCGGCCGUGCGCGGAGAGGCGCAGGCCAUAGCUGCAGCACCAGCCGGGGCCUCGCAGCACCUGUCGCUUGGGCCGGGAGACCACGACGAAGCGGAGACCAUGUCGGAGGAGUGGGCCAUGGCUGAAGUGAGUGCUACCAUCAGCCGCACCGGCAUCAAUGGCGGGCCCAGCUCUAGCAGGCAGGAGGGCGCCAGCCUGGGCCGUGCUCUGUCCGCCAUGGCCACAGGAGCUGUGCCCUCCGGCUCGUCUGCCGUCGGCACUGGUGUCUCCUUCGCGCUGGCUGAUGCCGGCGAGGAAGUGCCAGCGUCUGAUGGCGGCGUGACCAGCUACGGUAACACCUCUGCGCUCGCGGCGUCACUUGCCAGUGACCUCCGCAUGUCCGCUGCUAGCCGCUUGCAUGUGCUGCAGCCAACGCCGUCGCGGCUGCGUGCCUCGGCGCGGCGCCAUGACACGGAGGACGCACAGCGGCAGUCCGGCUCAGAGUCCCCAGCCCAGGGUUGCACGCCGUCACCUUCACCACCUCCCGUACAGCAGCCAGUCUCGCUGACCCUGGUGCGCCAGCGCAUGCCGCUGGUGGCGCCGGCGACCUCAGCUGUCCUCGCCAGUGUGCAGACCCGGCGGCGCCGCCGUGGAAGCAAUGGCAGCAGCCGCACCAGUGGCAGCUAUCGCUGCCGCUCGCAGGCCGGAUCUGUCGCCAGCUCGUACGCCAGCAGCCGCAGCCACCAGCGAGUCCGUGGCCAGAGCAGCAACAACAGGGCGGCGACGGCUGUGGCUGCUGGCGCCGGCCCGGGCACCGCCAGCGACACUGCGGGAAGGCUUCAGCGCACAGCCACGAGUGGGCGCGCUGGUGGGCCAACCACCGCCGGUCUCGGCACUGCCACCGCCGUAGCACCGGCUUUCCUACUUGGCACAGCGCCGGCAGGACUGGAGGGCUGGCGGUAUGGACCGCUGUCCCCGUCGUCCUUGUCGAGCCGCUCUGCACGCACAGUCGUGUCCACGCUGCACUCGAGCUGGUCUGGCCUCCUCUAUGUGGGUCCCGAGCUGGCAGGCGCACCUGCACCUGUACCACAGACAGCCCCGGCUUCCGGGAUGGAGGCUGCAGCAGCCAGCAGUGGGCAGGCGGCGGACGGAGCGGCAGGAGAGGGUGCGCAGGCACGCCAUGACCACGCCCGCGCGAAGCCCGGGGCUGACGCCGCAAGGGUGUCCAGCAGGGAGGUGCGGGGCACGGCCGGCACGGCUACCGCACCUUCACAUAUGCAACUGCCAGCGCCUCAGCUGGGGCCCGGCUCUGGUGGCGGCGAUGGCGCGGUAGCCACGGCCAGUACCCUCUCCGGCGGCCAGCUGCUCUCGACUGAGCAGAGCGGUAGCGGUCGCGUGCGGCAGGGCGCUGCGGCCGCGGCACGCGGAUCGCGUGACUCGCAGGCGACUGGCGGCACUGGCAUCACAGCGAGCACGGGCACCGGAGCGGGCAUGCUGGUAGGGCGCAGCGGCGGCUUCAUGGAGCUGCUGCAGGAGCUCCCUCUCAGCGGCAGUGACUUGAUGCCAGGCGCGAGCGCUUCCAGCGUCCCCUUUGCGCUGCCGUCGACCGGCAUCGCGGAUGCAAGCGCCAGUAACGCCGGCACCGCGGGGACCAACCUGACUGGGGCCGCAGGCGCUGUGCCCGCGUCGACACCUGGCAGUGUGGGCGUACCUGUCAGGCCUGUUGGUGCCGGCGGCAGGGAUGCGUCGGGAGUGGGGAGCGUGGCUGCCGCCGGCGUGGUCAUGGGUGCUGGGCAGGGGCCUGCCGGACCCAGGUCACUGUUUGUGGCUCGCGGGUAUGCCGCCGCACCCCUGUACGGCUCAGUGGACGCGCCGGCCUCGCCCUCGUCUGGCGCGGCCACGGCCGCAUCAGCGCGCCUUGUCCCUCCUAGCACGAGCGCGGGGCCAGGCAGCGGCGUCGCAUCCGCGCCUGAUGUUGUGCGGACGGGCCUCGUGACCGGUAGCGGCGGGACCAGCGGCACGGAAGGUGGCGGCGGCGCAACGCUGCCCGGCGUUGACAGAGAUGGGCAGAUGGAGGCAGGAGGCAGGGCCGGCGGUACUGGCGCGGGCCCGUCUGCAGGGUUGUAUGGAACCGCAGUGACGGGCUCCAGCGGGUUCGUGGUGAUGCCGGGAAGCAGCGGUCUGGGCUCUCGAGGCGUGCUGUUCAACUACGCGGGCCCUCUUAUGGCGCAGCAGGCCGCGGGAGCAUCUGUGAUUUCGCCGUUUACGCCCGCGGCCGUCGCCGCCGCUGCACGUGCUGCUGGUGGCAUGACCGCGGGUGCAGGCGUGCCCGCGGAUACAGCAGGCGGCGCGCACUACACUGUGCACAUCCCUGCCGUUGCAGGCGGUGCAGCUGCGGGUGGAGGCAGUGGCAUCGACGGUGGGGUGACUGGCCUUCAGGCGCUGCUGCGCCGCCGCACCAGCACCAUGCUCGUCACACCGCCCCUGACGGCCGCGCCGUCCGCAGCAUCGCACGACUACCUGGUCAUGCGGACGCUGGGUUCUACAGCAGUUGACGAGGGCGGCGGUGGUGCCCGGGGUGGCGUGCCGCCGAGUCUUGGAGCCGGGCUCCCAAGUCCAAGUGCGGGCGUCUCGGGAAACGUUGCGGAGCGGCUGGCUGCGUACCGUGCCGACGCCCUGCCUGUAGCUGCACAGUUGCCAAUGACGGCGGACGCCACAGGACAGCAUAACACCAACUUUGGCGCGGCAGAGCUGGCAGCGUGGCUGGCAGGCGCAGGAGCAUCCAGCCCGGGCGGGGGCGGCAGCGCAGGCGACGGCAGCAGUUACGGACCCCUCGGGCCCUCCUGCGAAGCAGCCGCGAUUGCCCAGCUGCAGCAGCUGCACCAGCAGCACCAUAUGCGGCAGUUCCAGCAACAGCAACGGCAGCAGCAGCGGCUGGCGCAGCAGGACCUGCCGCGCCGGCCGCAGUCGCUAGAUUUGCCGGAGCGCGGUGCGGUCGGCGCGACCAGUGAUACUCGGGAGCCGCCAUACGCACUUGCAGGGCCCGAUGCAGUGGCAACGGAGAGGGUGGCCAUCUUUGCGUGGAUGCAGCAGCGGCACCUGGAUCAACUGCAUGAGGACAGGAGCUGGUGAUGCGCUGGCCGGCGGCCGGUAGCAGUGCGGCUACAGUCGUGCCGCCAAUAAACCUAGUUGUGUGUCCCAUCUCGUCCACGUCUACUUAAAUGGUCACGAUGACAUCACAUGAGAAGAAUAUCAUGCUGGGGAUGGGACUGUGGGGGAUUGCGGCUGUGAGGAAAAGGCCACGUGUGUGCACUGUUACCGUACCUCCAGUCACCGUACAUGCAGUGAGUCGGUUUUGAUUCGACCUCGUCUAGCGUCAACGUAGAAUCCAUGUCCGGGUGGCGGGGUUUUUUUAUGACCUGUCUCGGCAGGCCCACCUGGCAAGCACUGCACAAUAUUCUGCCGGUGGCUACAUCGGCUGCAAAUAUCGUUGCUACUGACGCUACACGUAAAUGCUAUGCGCCACCUAUACUGCAUGUUCAACUUUGUACGGCUGAAGCAUCGCUGCCAGGGGUGGCGAAAUGUGUAGUAUAAGAAUUACUUAAGGAAUAUCAGAAAUGCAUGAAAGGAGAACACAGGAAAGGGCACGAUGUGCGCUACCGGAUAGAUGACUGGGGGUGUCUGCUCUAGGCGCCACCAUGUGACCAUGUGACGGCAGGUGCGAUAGCUGUUGGGCCCCUGUGCUAGAACCAAUUGGCGGCACUGGAAUGAUCAAUGAUGUCGGAAGUGUUUCCUGAUUCUUACUAAAAUGGCGCAUUCUCAAGCGUCUGAUGACUGGUUUGGAUACCGGUUUGGUGUUUGGUCUCGAUACCUUGUUCGUAAGUGAAGGUUUGGAGCAAUGCAGUUGCCAGAACUUGCCGAUGCCGGAACAUUAAAUUGCACGAUGGACACAAAGGUUUUUGGUUGCUGACAUGCCACACAAGCCGCGCUAGGCAUGGGGUCAUGGUCCGUGGCCAGUAAAUCCAAACCCUCUUA